CGUGGGUCACAUACCUGCCUACUUACGUGCAAUAUGCCAGUGGGGCGUGGGCCUCUCCUCUCUCUCUCUCUCUUUCUGUGACUUGUCCCUCUCAGGAAAUGCGGCUGCGGUGAGCAAUCGAUUCGACAGUGGGUUGUGGCCGUCGAUUCCGAGCAUCGCACAUCAGCCAGAGACCCAAGUCCAAGCAUGACCUCUCACCAUCCCGAUCCCGACCUAACCUUAGGCGAACUAAGUCGGCCAGAUCCAGCCUAUACGGCUGGUAUAAAUAAUUCUGCCGGAUCUCAACCAGCCACCACCGAUUCCCAGGUUACUGUCGUCCACGAUCCGCUCCUUGGACCCAAUCCAGGCACCCGGCAACAACAAGAAGAGCCAUCUUCCGAUUCCAAACCCACCGUCGUGCCCUACGCCCCGACGCCCCCUACCGCUCCAACACCUCCCUCGGCACCUUCUGAACCCGAGAUUUACGGGCCUGAUCGGCUCUUCAGUCGUCAGGCCGUAGUAUCCGACAAUGUGGAUCGCUCGCUGAUACCGAGUCCCGGCGUACGGUUGGAGCAGUCCCAGUUCCCCUUCAUGGCUGCUCCGUUGGACACUGUGUCCGCCAUGGAUUUCAAGGACGAUCUGGCUAGGGCCGCCGGUGUCGUCACUCCUGGCGUUGACGACGGCCCCUACAUCCGAUACGCUCUAGAUGCCAUGACCAGGCCUCGCGAAGACGGACAAGGGCCGUCGGAGUACCCCUCGUCUUCUGACAGUGAGAAAUCUCAGCCGUCGGUGCCACAUUACACUCACACCACUGUGUCGGCGCCUCAGCCGCCAGAGCCCCCGGCCAAAGAAGUCAGAUUUCCACAAGGCAACGACCCACGAUAUUGGUGGGCCGUCCCAUCCCCUAGCGAUAAACCUACGCCCACGCCUACACCUCCGACCGCUCUAUCCCCUGAGGACGACCUUCGCGAAAGGCGUGAGCGCCGAGAACAGCAGAGAGCUUUAGAGCCGCCCUGGGAUGCCAACAUGGGUUUGCCCCCGAGCCUACCCUCCGAACGCCCCGAGAACAGCCUGCCGAGAGCUUUGGAUCAUUGGCAAGCCGAGUCAGACGAGGUCGUCGAUCCUGAGAAAGGUUUCCACGGCGUGGGAAAAGCCUUCAAGGACUUUGCCCCUCUGACCUACAAGCCCCGGGUUUUGCGGCCUGUGUCGCUGACGCUGCUGGCGCUGUUAUGCCUAUUGAUGAUCGCCGCUUUGAUAUUCUGCGCCGUUUGGUCCGUCAGUCGAGUCGGCUUUACGCCGUACGCCGGCACGAUAUACGGAGGCCAGUACUUCCUCUUCCGGAUGCUGCCCCCGCUGCUAGCCAUCACCCUCUUAAUAUAUGCCCAAUGUGUCAUCGCCACGGCGUUUCGGGUCCGGCCAUUUUCGGCCAUGGCGGCCGACGACCGCCGCGAGCGACAAGAUGCCGUCUUUUUAUCUCUAUACCCCAAAUCGUUUCUCUGGCCCCAGCUCUCCGGCAGCUGGCAUGUCUGGCUACCCACACUUAAUGUUUGGCUCUUAAACUUCACGAUUCCGCUGCAGAGCUGCCUAUUUACCGUCAUUCUCGUCGAUGGAACUUGGACCUGGGCCACUGUGCAGGGCGUAGCAUGGACAUUGGUGGCGUUGUACGUGUCCUUUUUCCUGUCGGUGGGUGUCAUGUUCAUCGACUGGCAAGACCGUAGGACCGGCAUGAUGAAGGGUUGGGACAUACGAACUAUAGCCGAUAUCAUCUUCCUCGUGUCCCAGAGCAACUCGUUGCCGCAGUAUCGAGGCUUAGAGACGGCAGCGACGCGAGGCAGCAUGAGGCAAAGAAUUGGCGGAACUGCGGAGAGGCUCGGGUUCUGGUCCGCCCCUAGCAUACCGGAGCAUGGCAUGUGGUACGGCAUUGGCGUAGCCACCGAUGAGAACGGUCUAGAAACCGAGAAGCCAGGUAGCCAGGCCUGGGACAAUCGGCGGCCACGAGAAAAGGCUGGGUUAAUUGCAGACCCUGAAGUGGGCGAUGUUUCUGCGGACCCGGCCGUACGUUACCGUUACCUUCCGUGGUGCUUCCGAGAUGCUCAGAUUGUCGUCUUUGCUAUAGCAUGCUCCGCCCUCGUGGUGGCCUUGCUCGUCGUCUCGUUUCUCGACGCAACCGAUGUUCGUGAUGGGUUCCUCCCUCGACUCAGCGCCGCACCCACGGAAGGGGCUUUUUCGGCUGCCAACUUCCUCUAUUCUUUUCUCCCUUCGCUGAUCGGCCUUCUGCUCUUCCUCGUGUUCCAGUCUCUGGAUCUGACGCUGCGUAUCCUGACCCCGUGGGGCCAGCUCGCACGGCCGGAGGGCUCACGCGCAGAAACUUCGCUCCUCUUGGAUUAUGCAGCGUGCGUGCCUUUUGGAUCGACGUUCAAGGCCUUGAGGAACAAGCACUGGCGGGUAGCCUUCAUAUCUCUACUAUCCCCGCUAUUUGCCCUGCUGCCAGUUCUGGGCGGCGGCGUGUUUAUGGCAUUGACCCCGUCUUCCGGCACCGUGCGCAUGUAUCCCAACUUGCCCGCUUUCGCUAUCAUCCUCGCCCUCCUCAUCCUGUACGUCGUUGGAGUCGUUUGCCUAAUCCCCUACCGACAGCAAUUCCGCCUGCCUCACGCUGUCACCUGCUUGGCUGAGAUUAUCAGCUUUUGCUGUAACGAGCAACUGCGUUCGAACCCGUCAUUCGGCUUCGAGAGGGUGAUGGGACACCGGGACAUCGCUGGCCAGCUCGGCAUCGGCCUCGAUUGGCACAGGCAAGGCCGAUGGGCAUUCGGAGCCGGGCGGAGCGAUGCCGGACAUCUCGGCAUCCAACACUACAGCAAAUUCACGGUGAACCCCAGCAAGCUACGUGCGUACGACAAGCAGGUAAGGGGCCAGCUCAUAUCGGCACCGCUACCCCAGGACAGCGGCUCCUUAUUCAACAAACGCUAAGAUUUAUACCUAAUUUAUUGCAUAAUAAUGUCUUUUUUUCUUUCGUCAUUUGCCAGCGACAGAUUGACGGACUGUAUCGAAUUGUGUAAACGGGACACGAAUGUCAUGGAAUGGUGUUUACGGGUAAUGGAUUACGGCUGCAUGAACGUUAUCGACCUUAGAGACACUCGCUAUGAGGACCAUGAGAAUCACGGGGGGAGGCAGAAUUACGAUUCUACGAGUUGCUUUGGAAGUUGAUACCUCUAUUUGCCUUACUAGCAGCGGGAUUUGCUCACACCUUAGAGAGUAGAAAUCAGACAGGCCACUUAAAAGUUAACUUCCAAGGGAGGCGUCGAUUUGGCGCCUCUACACCUUUGCUGA